AUGAGUACGUCAUUUACUGCUGUCCUUUUAUAUGAAAGCAUACCUGAUGCACGGUUAGCUGGCUUACACAUUCAACUUGAUGUAUCUAAAUUAACAACAAAUAAAAUACCUCUUAUUUACAACUAUAAAUAUAGUAAUUGGGAUGAGUAUAAAGAUGUUUGGUUAGUUGGUAGGUUAAAUCCAAGUGAUAUGACAGCAUAUAAAAUAAUAAUUAUUUAUGCGUUCGUUUUAAAGCAAUCUAUAGAGAAAUGGUAUACUAAACUUGUUCUAUCUAAUGGUGGAACUAUAAAUUGGUCAAGUGUUUUAAAUUGUCAACAACUUACUUAUGAAAGAAUUAGUAAUCUCGGACGUGAUAUGGCCUGA